UUGGCGGGAACGUUAGUACGUUUUUAAGUUUCUGACAUUAGAAUUCACAACUUAUGAUAAGAGGAGUAAUAAAUUAGGUAAUAAAGUGCGAUAAAGAGUGAAUUGAAUAUUCUCCUCAACUCACAAUUGUGUUGAACACACGUCUUAUGUGGAUUUAUGUAUUAAUACACGUUAUUAUAGUCCAAUGGAACCAGAUAUACCUCAAGCAUUCAUACAAGUUGCAAAAUGCUUUGCAGUAGACAUACUAGGAGGUGGGAAGAUUCUGACUGGUCUUUGCACCUCAAGUGGUCAACUGUUGGAGUUUGUGGAUCGGAAGGUUGUGGACUCGUUAGAUCUAGAUAGAGAAGCUGACGAUUUAAUGAUUUUUACUUCCUAUAACCCAAUUCAGAAAUACUAUUUGGUUCGUAGUAAUCAACAACUGCUAGUGAUCAAGAGGCAGAAACCAUUAUCUAUUAUAAAGACGUACGAGAAUGUAACUCGAGUGCAGAUUGAGGAUCGACUUAUGUUGGGGAGGCCUCAGACUGUGAUAUGGACGCAGGGUGAUAGAGAACCUAUUGUCACAGACUUUGUGGGUCAGCUGCAUGCAGAGGUUCCUCAACCUGUCCCUCAACUUACCUCUGGCCUCAGCGGGAAACUGCAUGAAAUGACCCUACGACUGGCCAAAGCCCGCAAGUUGCUACAGGAGAAACGUAGUGCCCGGGUCCGAGCCCUCUACCAGUUGACACCCCACCUAGGACAUACCAACACUCAGCCACAGGGGGACGAGAAAGUGUUGGCUUGGGGACCUCCAUUCCCAAUGCAAGACCAAGUGAAGCAGCCUCCACUUAGACUGUCACAGGCCUGGAGACGUGUACACAACGGCAAGUGGGUGAUUGGAGUUCCAGUGUUCAAUACCAGUGACACGUCUGUAGAGGACGUGAGACUACGGCUGCAGGUAGACAGUGGUGCUGGCCAGGAGCUCAGGUAUGAGACUCACUUGCUGGUGUGGCAUCAGCCCGAGUCUGCUGGGGCACAGUGGAUGGAGCCGUUGGACCCUGGGGCCAUCGUCUGUCCACAGAGGGCCAUCUCCGGGCAUAAAUCUGCCGUUGUUGUAGGAGUAAUUGAUGAACCUCUUUUGAAGAAGUCGGCUGCAGUGACAGUUACUGGAGCACUCUUGUACACUCUCUUGGAUCCUCCCACAGCUAUUCACAUCCAGGACUUGCUGCCCGCAGAAAUCCAGUUUAAGGUUGAAGAGCUUGUCAAGGGCACUCUCAGACCUUUCUUUGCUGAGGACUCAGCUGAUGGGAACUCAGAAGCAGACCUAGUCAGUGUGGUGGUUACGAGUAGCAGAUGGCUGCUGCAUGUCUCAUCCCGUCACAACAUGUCAGCCUCUCUCCUACAGCCGGAGGACUGUGGACUGCAGCGGAUACCCUCACUUCCUCCCCACUGCUGGGUGGGCCAACAUACUGGCAGCCUAGCAGGGGUAGUCGUCAUACAUCGGCAGAUCACUGGUUCAGAACAUCAGCUUGAGUUGUAUGCAAGGGACAUUAAACAAGUCCUGCAGGUUGUGCAUACUCUUGGCAGCCUGUGGAAGGUGGAGGAGAGCCGGGACUGUGGAGCAUCAGCGUCUGACUGUGUCCGGAGCUUGGCUGCAGAGAUGCGGAUGUUACACAACACGUUGCAGGCUGUGUCUCAGGUCUCUCCAGACAGAUGGACAGAGGUCAGGAAGCAGCUCACAUCUCUGGAGCUAACAACAGAUAUGGCCUUCUCGGCCAACUUGUCUUCUUAA